AUGCAGCGUUCGUCGGCAGCGCCGACUCCGACCGACCUUUGGGACCCGAUCCAGUACGUGAACAAGGAACCGACCGAGAAAGGCCUGGUCUCCGUGCUGCGACACAUCAAGGAGCUGCACGUCCGCGGCCGGCACCUCGGAAUAUUCGUCCAGCCCGAGGACCAUGACGUGACCAUGAUACACACUGUCGUCUUGGGACCCGUCGGCACGCCGUACGAAGGAGGCUUCUUCCACUUCGUGCACCGGUGUCCUUCGGAUUACCCUUCGAGACCACCGCUGGUGAGACUCAUGACCACGGACACAGGUAUGGUGCGGUUCCACCCGAGCUUCUACGAAAACGGCAAGGUGUGUCUGGCGCUGCUGGGCACGGACAUCACCGGACCUACUUGGACGCAGAACCACAGCAUCGUAAACGUGAUGACCAUUAUCAGGUCGCUGUUGGCUGACGAGAAUCCCAUCCCUGAAGGGUCGGCCUUCAGUGUCAUACCGGGCGUGGGGACGUGGCUGAACAGCCGCAUCUGCUACAACACCGUCUUGCAGCACGAGACUAUCAGGGUCGCGGUGUGCGAAUUCGUCGAAGACUACCUCAAGGGCAGUUCCCUUUGCCCGAUCCCUCUGAGGAACGAUAUCUUCCAACACUUUCGGCAGUUUUACGACCGGUACGAGAAAGUGGUGCGGGAUCGGCUGCCCCUGGCAGGUUCCUUCAUGAACGACGCGUUCGACGGGGGCAUCUCCAUGUACCAGUAUGAGACGCUACUGGUGCGUCUGCGGAAACUGCGCGAAAGGGUCGGUCCGACAAAUGAAUGA